ACAAUUCAGACAUGUAUAUAUUUGUUUCUAAUUUGUGCUGUUGUUGUAAAUUGUAAUUUUAGUAACAUUUGGCUUUGUAAUUUGAAUAUUUAUUCUUGCAUAUUCCUCUGUUUUAGACUCAAACAUAGACUUGAAGUUGAAUUUUUUAUUUUUAUCUAUUUUGUCCAGAGUUUAAUCCAUAUAAUGAAUACAAAUCAUUCUUCGGAUGCCUCAAAUGUGAGUGCAACUGCAACUUCAACUUCCUCUUCUUCCUCUUUGAAGAGGAAAUUAGAUGAUGUGGGUUGGGAUUAUGGAGAACUCUGUGAUUCAAAAGAUUUAAAUGCUGUAAAAUGCAACUUUUGCCGAAGUAUAUUCAAAGGUGGCAUCUAUAGAUUAAAAUGCCAUCUUGCUCAUUAUGGAACCAAUUUUAAGAAAUGUCAGAAAGUUUUAGAUGAAGCUAAGAAAAGAUGCUGGGAAGCUUUGGCCGGGCCCCUAGCAAAGCAACUUAGGAAGCUUGGCCCAUUAGAUAAAUUUAGUUUGAAAAACAUGGAUGUCAGUAAAAUAUUUGAAAAAGACUUAAAACAACAAAGAUUAGAUGAUUCCAUUGCUAAAAAACGUAUGAAUGAUGUGCAUCCAUAUGUGGCACGAUGGGUUUAUCAAGCUGGCAUCCUUUUCACUGCCAUUGCACAUCCAAGCUUCAUUGCUAUGAUGGAGGCAGUAGUAGCAAGACUUGUUUUAGAAAAAAGGCCAAAGCUGUUUUGGAGUUGUUGUGCUGUCCACACAAUUGACUUGAUACUUGAAAGAAUUAGCAAGAUCUCCAAAUUCCAUAAUGCCAUCACAAAGGCUAAGAAUCUUACGAUUUUCAUCUAUGCACAACAUCGAACAGUAGCAUUGAUGCCUAAGUAUGCGUUAAAGACAUACAUAGUGAAGCCAGGAGUCACAAGAUUUGCAACCUCAUUUCUCACUUUGCAAAGCUUAUAUGAGAAAAAGGAGAAGUUAAGGCUUAUGUUUACUUUGGAUGAAUGGCAAAAGUCCAAGCAGUGUAAAUCUAGGUAAGGGAAUUCAAGCUAAAGCAAUGAUGUUUCUUGUUUCACUUUGGAAAGAUCUUAAUAUGUGCUUGAAGAUUUUUGCUCCUUUAAUGAAGGUUUGUCUUUUUC